ACUCUUUUUCGCUCAGAAGACGUGGAACAAGUGACAAACAUGUCUGAGUUUGGAUACUACUAUGAAAACAAAGGGAAUGAGCAGUUUCCACAGAAUCCACAAUUCCAACAAUUUGAUUACAAUCAACAGGCCGAUUUCCAAUCCCAACAGACAUUCAAUGCACCACAGCCUUACACUGGGAAUAUCUAUACUCCAGACACAAGCACGUCUAGGCCAUAUGCCAGCGGCUCGAAUGAUGUAGAUGAAGAGGAUUACGAAAAUGAACCACCUUUAUUGGAAGAAUUGGGAGUUAAUUUCGAACAUAUAAGACAAAAAACAUUCACUGUAUUGAAUCCAUUUAAAACACCGGAUUCGGCUAUUUUACAAGAUACAGAUUUAGCUGGACCUUUGGUGUUUUGUUUAGCUUUUGGCGGAUGUUUGCUACUGGCGGGAAAAGUACAUUUUGGUUAUAUCUACGGUCUUGGGGUAUUGGGUUGUAUGGCUAUGUAUUCGCUUUUAGGUGUAAUGAGUACAAAUAAAGUACAUUUUGGAUGCGUCGUAUCAAUUUUAGGCUACUGUUUAUUGCCAAUGGUUCUGCAGUCUUGUGUCAGCGUCAUGAUAUCUCUAAAGGGAUUUUUCGGAGGCGGUAUGACAUUACUCUCAAUUUUUUGGUGUAGCUUCUCAGCCUCAAAACUGUUUGUCAACGCUUUUGGAAUGAGCGCUCAACAACUACUCGUUGCCUAUCCAUGCGCUCUCGUCUACGGAAUUUUUGCUCUAUUGACUGUAUUUUAAGCGAUAUAUUUUCAGUGUAUAUUAUUAAUUUAAAAAAGAAGUAACUAGUAAAAAUAAGGGAAAUGAUUUUCUUAAGAGGAAUAUAUUAUUUAUAUAAAAGGGAA